AUGAAUCCUGCAUCAGAAGAGGUUUCGCCUCCAUGGGGGGCUUGGGAUAGCUGCCAUAUCUUCAGCGCCAAAGAGAGCCGUCUCGCAGCGGCUCUACCAGCCGACGUUCAAACAGUGACGAUCCAAGACGUGGUAGACAGAGAUAUACUAUCAGCAUUCAAUCAGGCUCACAAGAUCUCAGAGGGUAUAGUAGUGAAACUCGCCUGCUGCUUCGCUGUCGGAAGCUAUGUUGGUGUGGAAAAUGUUUGUAUCGGUGUUGAAACAGAUGGCCUCCGGAGCUUGCUUCGCUGUCAACUAGAUAGCCAGCAGACUGUCACAGGUUUACUUCAAUCAAUAGAGGAGAUAGAGCUGCCGGUUGGUGGUUAUGGCCAGAACUUGGUUGAUCUCGUCGCUUCCACGGGUCUCUUUGACACAAUACUCUCAAUCCGAGGCCUUGACUCUGGGGUCGCAGUGACUGGAAAAGGAAAUGAAUAUAUCGAUGUCGGAAGCUCGCAUAGCACAAAAACCCAUGUUGUCGUCGACGUGAAUUUGUCCCUGGGCAGGAUCGAAAUCAACUAUCCAUCCAGCAUCUGCUGCGCAACCCGGGCAAGAAGACUUGCAAAACUCGUCUCCAAAGCUAUCGAAGAGCUCAUUGGAAGUGCAGACCGGCGAUUAUGCGACCUGGACUUACUUCCCGCCAGCGACGCCUUGGAUAUCGCGAAUUGGAACGACAGAGAACUGGGCUCUUACGACGUCUGUCUUCACGAUGAGAUCCGUAAACGAGCAGAAGAAUCGCCCGACAGCUCUGCAAUCUGCGCCUGGGAUGGUGACUUGACAUAUAGUCAGCUAGACAUCCUUUCAUCGCAUGUUGCUUGGAAGCUCCAUGAAGCUGGCGUUGAUGUUGGGUCAACCGUGGCCUUUCUGUUUCACAAAUCAAAGUGGACGGUUGUCUCCUUGCUCGGCAUCCUGAAAGCUGGUGCAGCUGCUGUGGCACUUAAUCAUGACUAUCCAAAGGAGAGAUCCAUAUAUAUCCUUCGCUCUACCGGCGCAAGUGUCCUGCUUGUAGGGAGAGACCUAGAGGACACUCUAGAGAUACCGGACGGCGGACUCACUAGGAUAACUGUCGACGACGCUCAGUUUGACCGUGAUUUGUUUGAACUGGACCAUGCUGGGACAUAUACCUCAUCCAGGGUCACGCCAGAAGAUCCUGCAUACAUCCAAUUCACAUCUGGCAGCAGUGGUACACCAAAGGGGAUCAUUCUAGAACAUCGCACGUACAUGGCAAAUGCAAUCUCACAGCUUGAAUUGUACCAUAUCAACAAGGAAUCGAGAGUCCUCCAGUUUGCCAGCCAUAGUUUCGAUGCUAUUCUCACUGAGGUAGUCUCAUCACUGCUAGCUGGUGCUUGUAUCUGCAUUCCCUCCGAAGAAAGUCGUCUCGAUGACUUGACAGGCGCCAUAAACGACCUCAGGGUGGACUGGAUGGGUCUGACGCCAACUCUUGCCAGGACACUGAAGCCUGAAGAUGUUCCAGCCCUAAGGACUCUUGCUACCUGGGGGGAAGUGGCAAGCAAUGACAUUAUCGAAGCCUGGGCAGACGCCGUCGAGCUUCUCAACCUUUACGGCCCUUCUGAGAACUCCGUCGGAGCCGCUGCGCAUUCGUUAUCUAAAGGGGUUCGAGACCCUAGCCACUUAGGUAAACCCAUUAAAGCAGUCAAUGCUUGGAUUGUCCGCGUUGAUAAUCGAGAAAAGUUAGCCCCGAUAGGCGCAGUGGGUGAGCUUGCUCUGCAAGGUCCAACGGUUGCUAGAGGCUAUUUGGAGAAUGAUACCCGUAACGCAGAUUCGUUCCAGAACCAUCUACCUUGGUUGGAGGGCGAGGAAAGACAUCAGCGUAUCUAUUACACUGGCGACCUGGUUCGAUACACAGCUGACGGCAGCUUGGAGUAUGUUGGCCGUAGAGAUACGCAAGUCAAGAUCCGAGGCCAUCGCAUCGAGCUUGGUGAGAUCGAGUACCGCAUCAAUCAGUGCCUGGGCAGAUCUGAUGCAGGCUCCGUGGUAGAAGUUAUUCGUCCUUCUUAUCGUCCAUCCCAAGCUAUACUGGUUGCCUUUUUGGAGGAGAGAGGUGGUUGUACUGUUGUAUCAGCAAACAUUCCGUUACAAGCUGCAUCAGAUAAAUCCAAGACCAGGGCAGCCGAACUGGAAGAGUAUUUAGCCAGAUAUUUACCGGUACACUUCAUUCCAUCGUUAUAUCUACCCUUAACAUAUAUACCAACAAACACUUCAGGAAAAGCAGACAGGAAAGUGCUUAAGGCAGGCUGUGAGUCUCUGUCAGAGCCGGAACUAUUAGCAUAUUCUCCUCAGGCUAAAUCCAAGAGUUCACCACAGACAAAUAUGGAGAUCAAAGUCGCCUCUCUCUGGUCUGACCUACUUGGGGUCGAAGUGAAUGACAUUGGCCGAGAGGAUAGCUUUUUUUGGCUGGGAGGAAACUCCAUUCUUGCCAUGAGACUUGCUGUCGCGGCUCGUCGUGAAGGUCUACAGGUGACUGUGGCAGAAGUUCUGGCCAAUCCUCGAUUAGACCAACUAUCAUCUAUUCUAUCAAGGCAGGGCAUGCAAGCACAGCCAGAAGAGAGUCCGAUAUAUAUGCCCUUCUCUGCGCUCCCUAAUGACGUGGGCGAAUAUUUUGUCUCAAAUGUAGCAGCACCCCGGCUGGGCGUUGAUGCUGAGGAUAUACAAGAUGCAGGCUUAGCUACUGACUACCAGAUUGAGAACCUGGCAUGGUCUUCACUCAAAACUCGCGGAGGGACCAAUUACAUUACAUUUGACUUCUCCGACGCCAGCAUUCCGGCUUUUCGUCUCCAGGAAGCCAUCGAGAGAUUAAUAGUUUAUCAUGAAAUUUUGCGAACAGUCUAUAUGGUCUUCCGGAGACGAGUCUAUCAAAUUACCUUGAAGCGGCUUCCAGUUGAUAUUAUACACUGCAUGUACAACAAAGAUAUCUCCAAGGCCACGGCAGAAGUAGUUGAAACAGAUACCAACCUACAAGUGGAUAUUUCUCGGUCAUUACUCAAGUUUUGGUUAAUCCGUGACCAACUCGGUGCAGUGAAAUGUCUUAUUAUGCGUGCAUCUCAUCUGCAGUACGACGGUGUGAGCCUCAUACGGCUCUGCAGGGAGCUUGGCCCUUCCUUCUACGGUCAAGACCUCUUUCCAACAACUUCUUUCCUCGCAUACUCACACUUCGCUGCCACAAAUAAUGAAGAGGCUGCGAGAGCAUUCUGGUGUAAGACACUUACCGGUUCCUCAAUGACACCCAUAUUCCAACACACUAGUAUUCCAUGGAAAUACGUGCUUGACGGACAGGUGGAUACCAUCAUCGACACAAAUCUUGUUCGUUCAGACUCAGAAAUUACUAUUGGGACCACAAUAAAAGCGGCAUGGGCUCUGGUGCUGGCAGAAAUGUCUGGCUGCAAUGACAUUGUCUUUGGUUCCGUUAUCUGGGGUCGGAACGCGAUGUAUCCUGGAGUAGAGCACGUUACUGGUGCCUGCAUAGACAAUAUUCCCGUUCGUGUGCGCCUUGGAAACAAUUUGACACGGCGAGAGCUUUUGGAACAAGUUCAGGGACAGUACUUUGAAGCUGUCAGCUACGAGAGCUUCCGAUACAAGAGGAUUGUAGAAGAGUGUACAAACUGGAGGCCGUGGGAACGACUCAGCACGCUAGUUGAGUACGAGAACCUGGGCGAGGAAACUGCAAGCUUCAAACUAGAUGAGACGCAGAGAUUCACAGUUGAUGAGAUCCGCCCGCCAGCAGAUCGACAUGAUAUUACGAUUUUCAGUACUCCAGUUGGCCCAGAGAAGACAUUCAUUGCGCUCGACUUUUGCAAGGGAGCUAUCUCUGAGCCACUGGCACAGAAGAUGCUAAACCGUAUGUUGGAACACAUACGUGAGUUUCAUGACAACACCGACAAGCUGGUGCAGAUUGCCACGGCAGAUAUUAUGGGUCUUCCACCGAUUCCUAUGCUACUACCCAGUUCCCUUACUCAGAGUGACUUGGAUGCCGUCGGGUUGCAGUCAUCCCAUACAGUCAUCUUUUCCUCGGAAGAGCUCCGUGGACGCUAUAAAAUGCUCGUAGAGGAGGCUUGGAUCAAUGUAAUGGGUUGUCAGGCAGAAAACCUAGUUGCAUACUGGGCGGGCAAAACACCCUUUUACAAUGCAUGGGGAAAUCUCAUUGCUGCGUAUGGUCUUGCUAAAAGGUAUCAAGAAAACGGAAUACCUGUCAGUAUGGAGCAAGUAUUGGAGAACCCAGAUAUGCAGUCUCAAGUGGCGUUGCUCAUAAAUAUCGCCAAUUAG